AAAAAAACCUAACAUUUUGUCAAACGAAUAGGCUUCGUUAACGCUUUGUCCUAGAUCUGUACUGUGAUUCAAAUAAUAAUGUAACAGUUACGUUUCUUUAUUUUAUUAGGAUGUCUGAAAUGUUGAUGUGAGAAAAAUAAGUGAAAUCUCAUUUAUAAUGUGGAGCCGAUCUACACUCAAGUUUCUCUUCGGUGUAUUAGCUGUGACUAAAGUUCAGUCUGCCUCAGAAGAGCCGUGUCCUCGACAAGAGCCCCUUCCUGGAGUUUUGGUUUUGAAGUUAGGAAGCAAUGUUGUGCUUGGCUGCAGAGGCGGUGUCUCUGUGGACGGUGUGCCGUUGGCUUCGACCAGUGUCACAAAUAAAAAAUACAGAAGCCAGCAGACGGAAGACAUCACUGUCAGCUGGACAUCCCGAAGAGGUGCUGCUAAUGCUGCUCAGCUAACCAGUAUGAAGGGAAAUGCUACAAAUGAGACAUACCAAAAGUCUGAUUCUGGUGUGUAUUCCAAAGCUAAAGGGGACACAACAGUCACCGUUAAACCCCCUGUAACCAUAAGAAAGGAACAAACCACUUCUAGACGUGUUUUGCGUGCUGUCAGUCAAACUACUGGAAAGGAGGAAGAGGUCUUCAAUAUCACCAUGGGGAAAGAUUUUCAUCAGGACUAUUAUGAGGACUAUGAUUAUGAAGAUGAACGGUCCAGGGUGACAAGAGGCAUCAAAAAGCGAACACGCUGGACUCUCAAUGGACGACAAUUGCAUUCUGGAGUGGAAAGGGGAGGGAUUUUAAGACGGCCACAUCUCAGCUGGGCAGAUGCUGGGAAUUACAGCUGCUACAGAGGAGAGAGACUAAUUUCCACAUUCAGAAUCAGCGUAGGGGUGCCCCCAGAGAGACCCACUGUAUACUGUUACAAGAAGUUUCACACCAGUAAAGUCCGCUGUGAUUGGACAUCCAAAAAUCCAGUAACCCCGCGGCCACUGUGUUACCUACUUCUUAGUAGAGAGUCAGAGCCAGUAUCGUUUGGUAACGUCACUCGUGUGCCUUGUUCAUUCUCCCGCUCCCGCUGUUGGUGUGCUUUUCACGUGGAGGAGGGUGACAAAGCUCUCCAUGUGGCAAAACUGUGUGUGUCUAACACAGCAGGCAAUGCCACAAGCCCUUACCUCAGCUUCAAGCUUCAUGACAUCAUUAAGCCAGACCCUCCGACCCAGGUGGUGGUGAGAACAGUUGAGGGCCAGGAGCAUAUGCUUAAAGUAUCCUGGUCUUAUCCCAGUUCCUGGAAACAUGACUUCUAUUCCCUGCAUUUCCAGCUGAGAUACCGACCACAACUCGCAGAGCAGUACCAGUCAGUGCUGAUAGAUGACAGGAUGUCCUGGACAAUUUAUGAUGCUCUGCCACACGCUCAGUAUGAAGUGCAGCUCCAGGCCAAGGAUGAGUUUGACGGUAUCUGGAGUGACUGGACUGACACUGUCUAUGCAGUCAGUUGGACAGCUCCUGAGAUAACUACUACCUCUGAGAGCAUUACUUUGGACCCCACUGAGAUGUUUCCUGAAGGUUCAGGAGGAUCUGGAGAAGACCCUAGUGUAGGAAAGUCUGAGCAAGAAAGCAUGGUUUCAGUGGCAGUAGAAGGAGCUGAUGAUACUGAAUAUGCUACAGUGUGGCUGUGUGUGUCAUGUGUUCUUGGGCUGUGUUUUCUUGUAGUCCUCACCAUGCUCACAGUCUAUUUACUCAGGUAUAGGCUGCAUUUCAUGUCUAGAAUAGGAAAACAGACUUUGCCCUUUGCAUUCUUCUUUCAUUCCCCUCGACCUGUUCCUGCUCCUGCUCCUUCUGAAAAGCUCCCAGAGGAGGGAAAGUCUCUGAUGUCUCCUCCAAAACACAGCCAGCAACACUUCCUUUCUGUUCAGCAAGAGGAGCAGGAGGGCAUUCAUCUGCAUAACAUGGAUCAUUUCCUGUCUCCAGGGACUGAGGGCUUGCCGUGGAUAAUAGGCAGACAUGAGUAAACAGAAAAAACCCCACUGUAGUGGAUACACUGAGACUAAGAUUCACACACUGUUUUUAUGUGAUUCAGUAACCUAUUAUGAGUGUGAAAAGUCAGUGUUGAGUGUUAUUGUAUAGACAAAGUAUUUCAUCUUUGAUUACAUUUAAUCUGUUAUAUCAUUGAUAUUUUUGAGUACUUUCAAAACCAUUUGUAAAUAAGGAUUUUUUAAAAGUUAACCAUAGCAGUCUCACACGUGAAGCUAAAGCACUUUCUAUAAGUAGUUCUGAAUAAGUGUGUCUGCAAAAUGCCUUACAGGAAUGUUAAGAUAAUCUCAUUCAACAAGAAAAAUUAUUGUGACUCCUCUCUUGUUUAAAAAAAAAAAAAAAAGGAAUCAACAUUAUGGCGAGUAACUUACAAUGGAUGUAAAUGGGGCAAUUUGUUGUAGGAUUUAAAAGGAGAAAUAUGAAGCUGAUCAUUUUUAAAAGCAUUUACAUGCAUUCUUAUGUUAAAACAUUUUAUUUGAGCUGUGAAGUUGUUUAGGCAUUUUUACAGUCAUUUUAAUAAAUUAGACACAUUUACAAAGAAAAGGUUUUAAGUGAAAUUAGGUUUACAUUGUUUUCAUCUUGUUUCUAUACUGUUGAAACAGUGUGGAUUUAAAUGUUUAUGGAUUGGCCCCAUUUACUUAAUUGUAAAUGCCUCACUGUAAAACACACACACACACACACAUAUAUUUUCAUCAUUUUCAUCAUUGUUCUUAACAGUAAUCACAUGCUAAUUUACUCCAGGGAGACGGUCUCCGUUACCAGUGUUCUGGAUACAAAUGUGAAAAUGAUAUAGAAUAAUAAAUAAUGUGCAGUGCUUCACAA